AUGGUGAAAGUUUUACUUGCAGUCACUGCCUACAACGAGGUCUUCUACCAAGACGGCACCAAGACCGGUUUAUUCGUCUCCGAGGCAUUGGAGCCUUUCUUGGAAUUCGCAGCAAGCAACUACGAAGUACAGUUUGCUUCGGAAACCGGUAGAUUUGGCUACGACGAGCAUAGCACCAGCGAAGAUUUCCUUAGUGGCAACAUCAGAGCAGCGUUUGAAGACAAAAACUCAUUCUUCAACCAGUCCAUAGCCAAGAUCAAAAAGGCCAGCGACUUGAUCAAUGAGGACUUUGACAUUUUCUUUGCUGCUGGUGGCCACGGCGCCAUUUUCGACUUUCCCAAAGCCAAGAGCUUGCACGCUAUCGCCGCCAAGACAUGGGAAAAAGGUGGUAUCGUGAGUGCCGUGUGCCAUGGCCCCGCAAUCUUUGAAAACUUGAACUUGUCCAGUGGAGAACCUUUGAUCAAGGGCAAGAAGAUUACGGGGUUCACUGACGUUGGCGAGAAGGAUCUUGGUCUUGACGGCAUCAUCGAGAAGGACCAUCUUUUGACUGUCGCGGGUGUCGCUAAGAAGGAAGGCGCCGAGUACGUGUCACCCAAGGGUCCAUGGGAUGAUUUCGUUGUUGUUGACGGCAACGGACGCUUGAUCACGGGGGUCAAUCCACAGAGUGCUGAGCAGACUGGGAAAAAGACUAUCGACGCUUACCAAUCGCUCAAAAAAUGA